CCGCGAGACUGCGUCCCACAUGCGCGUUGCGAUCAAGGCAUUAGCCGUCCAACGUUCGACCGAGUGCGCGGAUGUCCUGUGCUCCGUGCGUCAACAUGCGCGAUUUUGUUGUCAAUUUUUUGGCCGUUUCACCGCUUAUGUAAUUGCCGCCGGAUUAAGGCAUCCUCCAUUGCACCCCGCCGUCGAACUGCAUGCACCUACCCCCGUCGAUCGCUUCGAACUACCCUUGGUUACGGUGACAGUAUGGUGACGCAGGAAACUACCCUGGAAAGUGCGAAUAUGAAUUGUGCGUCUAGGUGAGGUUGUUCGAGCCCGUUCUUGGGGUGCGUUGCGAUUCUUGGUGAUUUUUCUGUUUUUUUUUUUGUUGUUGUGAUUUUUGCCCCCGCCGUCGGACAUAGGAGGCGAACACGGAGGUUUCUGCUUCUUCGGAUCUGCCGCAGAUGGGAGUUUUUGAAGAGAGUGCUCCUCGCUCGCACGUGAUGCAUUGGCAGCACGAGCAGUACAUUGGCCCGGCGUACGACCCAUCACGCGACCUAUCGCCGAACCUACCCUCGUGUGACUCGUCAAUGGGUGACGACCCCAGCAUCUCCAGCGGCAGUUCUUGCAGCACGCCCUCCAACAACAACCACCAGUCGUGCGGGUCGGAGGUGUGCAGGCCGCCGCCGACCUCGGCCGGCGGCCACCAGCACCCCCCCAGGUCCGUCACCCCGGCCGAGCUAUGCCGCCCCCAUUCCUCCUUCGAGCACCACAUACCCAAGCUGGAGCCGAUACAGCCCCCGGGCACGCCGCCCACCCCCACCCCCAGUUACGCGGACGAGAACGUCGGCGGUGCCGUGUGCGCGGGUUGCAGACUGAGAAUAUCGGACAGGUUCUACCUGCAGGCGGUGGACAGGAGGUGGCACUCGUCGUGUUUGCAGUGUUGUCAGUGUAGGAACGCUCUGGACGGGGAGAUAACGUGUUUUUCUAGGGAUGGGAAUAUUUACUGUAAAAAGGACUAUUAUAGGCUGUUCGGCAUGAAGCGCUGCGCGAAAUGCCACACGACAAUCCUCUCAUCCGAGCUGGUGAUGCGGGCCAGAGAGCUGGUCUUCCACGUGCACUGCUUCUCCUGCGCGGUCUGCAAUCAGCCCCUAACGAAGGGCGACCACUUCGGCAUGCGCGAGGGGGCAGUGCUGUGCCGCCUCCACUUCGAGAUGCCCUCGGCCGAGCUUCCCCUGGCGUCCCCGGGCGCCAUGUAUCCCGGGGGUGGAAUGCCGCCCCACCACUACCCCGCGCAGUUCCCCUCGCCGGAUUUCCACCACGCCCCCCUGCCGCCGCAGCCGGGGGUUGACGGCGGUCCCCCCAUGGCCAAGGUGCCCUUCUUCAACGGGGCGCCGACGACGCCUAGGCAGAAGGGGAGGCCGAGGAAGAGGAAGCCGAAGGACCUGGAGGGGAUGACGGCGAGCUUAGAUCUAAACUCCGACUACCUGGACAUGUCUUUCGGAAGGUCCCCGGGUACUCCAGGCAUGCACGGUUCCAGCCAAAGAACGAAGAGGAUGAGAACGUCCUUCAAACACCACCAGCUGAGGACGAUGAAGUCCUACUUCGCCAUCAAUCACAAUCCAGACGCGAAGGAUCUGAAACAACUAUCACAAAAGACUGGUCUUCCUAAGAGGGUUCUUCAGGUAUGGUUUCAAAACGCCAGAGCGAAAUGGCGUCGUAUGAUGCUCAAGCAGGAGGGAAAAUCAGGCGACAAAUGUUCAGGUUCGGACAAUAUGAGUGAUAUGGAUCUCUAUCCACACGGUCCAUCCUCCAUGGGCAGCAGUAUCCAGAGCAUGGCACCCCACAGCCCACCCUUCAUCCUACCACCAGGCAGUCCCUCGUCUCUGGACUGUUCGUGAGGCAAGAAUUGUGCAGUUCGGUAUUUAUUGAUUGAAUUAUUGAGAAGUGGAGUUGGAAAAGUAGGCGUCAGAGAUGAAGUGAGGCUACUAUACUAGAGUCAAAAAAGUAUACGACUUUAAGCAUUCCAAACGAAGAAAAAUCCAAACAAUCAUUUGCUGUAACUCUGAUCGAAAAUCUGUGAAGCUCAUCUAGAACAAUUGGGUGCUUUAAACUGAUGUACUUCAGUGUUUACUUCAUUUCCAACCUUUAUGUUUCAUCCACUGAAAUAAUCAUGAAUUUUGUAAUUUGCAUAUCCUUUCAACUAAACAAGUAGAGUUAUCCUCGAACAUUGAAAUAUCCGU